UCCGCCAUUGCAAGAACCAGAAGUCUGGUAGGCUAUGUAAGAUUCUGGCUUGAAUCAUUGUUCAAUUUCCUCAAUAAGCAACCUGAAAUGGAACAGAUGUAGAUUUGGAGGACUAUUUUAUUGCUUCGAUUAAUAGCCCAGAUAUUAAAAGCUUUUCUUAUCGAAAGUAAAAGCUGAAGAAAAACUUGUAAUGGGUGGACAGCAAUCGAGCACAUCUUCAAGUGAACGAAAAAAAAAUUCAAAGCAACCGUACGGAACUGAUUGUGAACACCAGGACCAGAGGGCGGUUAAUGGUUUAGCCUCGCGCGUUGACGACGAAAGUUCCAGUUCCACUGAAGUAGAAAGCACAACUUCAUCUUUAUCCACUACCUCAUCGACUAACCUACAACUACCCAAUGAAACCAAUCCACGGAAGAACGUUGAUGAUCCAGCAGAAACUGAAAUUGACUGCCCGAAAGAUUCCGAUUUACCGAAGAAAAAAGAAACCACAUCAAAGUCGACUGAUUCUUCCGUCCAAUUGCUGAAUCCCGAUGACAUUAAAAAAGAACAGCACGUUUCCAAACCUGUGGAAUUGGCGAAUACAUCCGUAAGCUUGCGAAACACAACAUGUGAAAACAGCUCCUCUGAGAUCGGGCCUGCCAGGGCUGAUAAAGGCUCAGCUUCACCGUGCCACCAAAAAAAAACUGCUGACAAACCAGGAAUGGCAUCGUCUCGUUACGCGAAAUACUUAACAAGUACUAAUACAAUCAAAGGCGACUUUUCACAGAUGUGUAAGACUAUUUCAGGCAGUAAUUUCUCUCCUAUUGGUGUUGUAAACGAGAAAAAAGUCACGGCGUCACCUUGUGACAACACACAAUAUUUAAAAGUGGGAUCAGGUGACAAGAGUUCAGUAGAUCAUUCUGCCACGGUCAACAUAGGUAUAGGGAACACUACAAAUCUACAACCUGAGAAAAUUCCAUCAGCUGCAGAUGUUUCACAUUCGAAAACUUCAGAUAAGAAAUAUGACUCUCUAAAUCCUUCAGUUUCUAGUAAAUCUGUUUGCGAUGACGGCCCUGCAUUAUUGGCUACUAGUGCUAAAGAUGAGAAUAAAAAAGCUGGCGAAUUGUCUUCAACGAAGAUUCCAAACGCCCCGCCGCUUUACCAUGUUCCCAGUAUGAAUAACACUUGUCCUACCACGAAUCCACUCACCAGUCCUGUUCAUAAUGAAAUGUUCGACACCAAAAUACCUCCAUUACCGAAAAAGCCUGUACAAAAAGAAUUACACAGCUUUCUUUUGAAAAAGAAACCAUGCUGUAUGGGCGGUGUAAAAAUAGAUAAUGCCCAAAAACGCAAACCUCGAAAAGAUGAUCUUGAGACGAACAACGCCAAUUCUCACCAUAUCAGACGUUUGCACGCCCUUGAUGACAAGUUUUUAUCAAAUUCAAAUGAGAAGUCGGUGUAUUGGAUCUUGGGAAGAUACUUGUCGAAUGAGGAAAUUGCUUCCAGAAUCAUUGAUAAAUACCGUUUAUACUAUUGCACAAGUGGUGAAUGCGAUGAAAUGAAUUUUGAUCAUCCGCAAAAACUCAUAUCGUACUUUUUGACGCGUUCAUUUGACAAUAUGCUGCCUUCAGAAGUUGCUUUCUUAUUAUCGGAAAAACACCGUCUUUACAAGGGAUUGCAAAUUCCCAAUGAAGUGAAGAAGUCCAAAUCGUUACAAGAAUAUAUCAAGAAACAUAAAACAUAUUUUGAAAUUGUUCAAGUGUUUGAAACAGCAAAGGCUAAAAUACUCAAGCGUCGAUCACAGACCAAUUUUGAACCAGUAAAAGAUGAAAAAACUGAGAAAAAUGAAUCUCCCAAAGUGAAUUUUACAAGAGUCAAGCGUGAUUGCCAGCUUGAGGACCAAUUUGUAUUUGAUUCGAGGAUCGUCGAUACGAAUUCGGAAGGCGAAAAACCUAAAACGAUAAAGAAAUCCUUCAUUUUAUGUGGGAGCUUCACACAUAAACUUCCCGAAGACAACGCUCUGACAUUUCGUGCCGAGAACAUUUCUGACGAUUUAGAUGUGGUUAAAAUGUUUGAAGAUGGACUUCGAAAGAAAAUGGCUUCUGGAUCUGAAAAUAUUAUGAAAGUAUUUUCUAUGAUUUGGGAGUCUGUAGAAUCUGAAGAAGAAGAUCGGUUUGCACGUUUCAAAAGUUUAGCAUUGUUUGGGUGGCAUCCUAAAUACAGGACACAAAAUUAUGCUACGAUGCUGGAUGAAGUGUUGCGUGAUAAGCCUGUUGGUUGCCCAACUGAAGAACUGAUUUCUUGGCCGUGGAAUGCAGAUUGUGAUCGUCUGACAAGAAAAGUUCGCUGUUUGAUGCGAAUAAAUACAACAGUCAAGAGAUUGAGUUCUCAAUCCGCGACAAAUUGUCCGCACGAGUUGGCUCGAAAGAUGAAGGGGAAGCGAGGAAAAAGGUCGAAGUGGAGACCUCCCGAAAACAGAAAUGAUCAAACACACCAAGAUACCUCUCAGAAUCCCAGUGAUUCGUGCACAUAUCAAGCUUGCCAAAUAUUUCACGAUGAUUUUAUUGACGACAACAUCUCGGUCGUUAGCAAAAGCGUAGUGGUGUAUCCUCUAUAUCUUACUUGCAACGGAAUGAUGGUAUUUCUCUCUGGUAAAUCACACGGAGGAAACGGAAAGGAACCGAACACGACGUCACUCAAAAUUCAUGAUAUUUUACCAAACUUGUUGCGAUGUAAUUGUCCCUUGAACUUUCAGGACCGACUUGCUGAUUGUACCAGGAUGUCAUCGAAGACAUUUUCUUCUGGAGAAAAACACCAUCACGAUGAUCUUGUUGUUGAUAUUUUAUUGCCAAUGUAUAUGGAUGACGUCACUAAUUUUAUUAUGAGUGACUUGAUGCUUGUAUUACGCCUGCUUGCUCAUUAUAUUGCCGAUGUUCACAAGCAAUGUUUUGUAAAUGUAGAUUUCGGGAACACCAUUAAAAACGUUGAAAAACAUGUCAAGGAUGUGAUUUCACUGUGUGAAAAUGUAUUCUCCUUUCUAUUAUUUUCCGAAAUAUGGGGCCCAGCUGAAGAACAUAUGCGUGGAUCAUAUUAUCUCACAACGGCAUAUAAGCAUUAUCAGGCAUCUCGAGAUUCGGCUAUAGAUGCCGGUGUUUAUCCAGUUUUUUCUGAAUUUAUGUCCAACAAUGUAUUCAAACUUCCAUGCAGUUUGCAAUUCGUUCAAAACUCUUCGAUGUACUCGGUUGCCUUGAGCUUUUUAGAUCACCGAGUGCAUUUGACGACUCCUAAUGAUUCUAAUAACGAUCUGGCUGGAGGGGAUUCGGCGAAGGAAUUUGGAAUCGAGCCCAUGUGCGUGGGACUUUUAGAAUCGGCACUGGGUAAAGGAUUUUUCUCCGGAGUAGAUGACGAUUUGACGUAUAAAUUGAUAACAAAUCAGGCUGAAAGACGUCGUAAAUUACAAGGCUUAGCAUUGCUUUCGCCGGUGUACGAUCCCAAGCACACAGUCGAGGCAAGAUUACGACUAUUGGGCGUUAACGAUGUAAGGUAUACUAACAAAGGCCUGAAUUCGAUGCUUCCAUCAGAUAGCGAAGAAAAAAUGGCCGAAAUUUAUAAAGAUAUUGCUGAUGCUUUUGAACAGUCUCUGAAACAGGAAUCGAAAGAUACCGAAGAUGGAAAGCUAAACGCAGAACAGGACAAUCAUAACUACGAGAAAACAGCGUUUGAUGUUAUGCAAGAUAUUUUUGAAAGUCUGAAAAAAUCCAAUAAAUCUCAAAACGAUUGUAAGGAUUUACCAAAAGAUAACGACACUGUGAUGAUAGCUGACUGUAUUGGCCACAACGUGAGUAGAAAGAUUAUCAAAGAACCGAAUGAGGCUCCUGAUGAAGAAUCAAAAGUAGUUCAGAGUAAAUCAGAAUCGGCACAAACAAAACCUGAAAAUGACCCUAGCUCAAGCAACGAUACCGAGGCUGCUGUCAUAGAGCAAUCAGAAAAUUCCGCUGAGACUGAUUCAAAGAAUGACAGUUCUGACAGCAAGGUAGUUCAGGCCAGAGGCAAAAAGAGCAGAGAGUAUCUUUCUAGUGCCAAAAGGCAACAACGACAAGCAAAACGGCUGCGCCAAAAGUGGGAAAAGAAACAUAAGACGGAGUCUGAUCUUACUAAAGCAGAUGUAGAGGAGCAAUGAUAUCAUCGAAAUUUACAACUUAAAAGUCUUUUAUUUUUGUUAGUUUUGUUCUUAUAUUAUUUAUUUUUAUAAUUUUGUUAAAUAUGCUAGUUGUUGUUUUGUAUCAGUUGGUAAUAAAGAAACGUUCUAAGCUAA